AUGGAAGCAGAGCCCAACAACCGUCUUGUGCGGGAUCUGCUGGAGGUUAUGAAGCAGCACGAUGCCAUGGCAACAGAAGCGGAAGAGGAAGGAUCGGAUGAAAGUGACAAGGAAGGCGAUGGAGAUGAGGAGGAUGACUCUGAUAAUAGCUCAGAAGGAGACGAUGGUAAUGGCGACGAGGACGAGGACGACGAACCUGACGAGGUCAUUGGAGCUGACGCAAAGAACAACGACUGA